GAUAUCAACAUGCCGACCCCUUGACCUACUGGUCGUCCCUGGCCAAGAUGAGCUCAGCCCGCCAGACCCAUCGCGUCCCCAAGUCCGUAGGUAAUUCCUCAGGGGACUCGUCACCAUCUAAAAGCCGUUAAAAAAAAAAACACAGCAACAUAAGUUAGCGUUCUGUUUCAUGAUGUGAUACUGGCCUCGAUCUGAUCUGACAGAAGCCACACUGUCGAACCUCUCUUCCCUCGUACUCUUCUCCCCUCCUCUCCGUGUCCCUGACUCCAUGGACGACAGAGUCCCGUCACCACCCGGGCAACAAUCACCAAACAUGGCUCGCCGAUGGGCGCGGCGUUUCGAGCGCUAUUGCUGCAAUUGCCUCACCUACUUUCCCUUAGCCUUUGUCUACAGCCUGACUUCUUGGGCCGUCUGGGUCGUCGUCAGUAUCGGCUCUCACGAAUCGUCUAAGCCGGCGUGGAUAGGAACACAAACCUCCAUCGGCGGCGUCGUCCUCUACUUCAUGCUUAACUGGUGCUACACCACCGCCGUCUUUACGAACCCUGGCACCACCACCGACUCGGCCGGGUACUCGGGCCUGCCCACGACCGCGCCUCCGCGAGCCACGUCCUUCACCGUUAAAUCCAAUGGCGAGCUGCGAUAUUGCAAAAAGUGCCAGGCCCGGAAACCUGACCGCGCGCAUCACUGCUCGACCUGCCGACGCUGCGUCCUCAAGAUGGACCACCACUGCCCCUGGCUCGCCACUUGCAUCGGCCUUCGCAACCACAAGGCUUUCCUGCUCUUCCUAAUAUACACCACCCUCUUCUGCUUCUACAGCUUCGCCGUCUCCGGAUCCUGGGUUUACUCUGAGCUGCUGACGCAAACCCAAUAUACGAAUACUCUCUUGCCUGUCAACUUCAUUAUGCUAUCCGUCAUCUCCGGAAUCAUCGGCAUCGUCGUUGGCGCCUUCACCGCCUGGCACAUUAUGCUCGCCUCGCGCGGCCAGACUACGAUCGAGUGUCUCGAGAAGACUCGGUACCUGAGCCCGCUGCGGAAGUCCCUACAGCACCAGUUCAUCGCCCAGCACAACGGCGAGGGUAUCCCGCUGCCGCGGUACGGCCAGCAGCUUCUCGAUAUCCACGCGAACGCGUUACCGGGUGUGACGCGGCCUGAGGAGGGCGAGGAGCUGCGGAGCUCGCGGGACGGGAACUACGAUGAUAACGUCAUCACGCGGCAGGGGCAGGGGCAGCGGCCACUGUCGUACGAGGAAAUAGAGCGCUACCGCGCGCGCAAGCGUUACGAGGAGUACAUGGACGAGCAGGACUCGGAGAAGCUUCCGAACGCGUUCGACCUCGGCGUGCGGCGCAACCUCGCGCACCUCUUCGGCCCCCGCCCGGCCCUCUGGCCCUUGCCCUUCGUCACUACGACCGGCGACGGCUGGAGCUGGGAGGCGAGCCCCAAGUGGGUCGCGGCCCGCGAACAAAUCGCGCGCGAGCGCGAGCAGCAGGCGCAGCGGGAGCGCGCCGCCGGCUGGGGCGAGCCGGACCCGGCGGCACCGCACAUCACCGUCGAGCGGGUCGGCGGCGCCACGGGCAGCCACUAUCUGGUGCCGCCGCAGAACUCUCGAACCGGCGUUCAGGGCCGGCGCACACCGUCAAAGGCGGACCGCGUGCUGGGCCGCGACCCGAACCUGUACGCGGACGAGCCGCCGACGUCGGUGUCGAUGCGGACGCUGAACCGGCAGGGUGUGGACGUCGGGAGCGACGGCGGUAGUAGCGACGACGACGACAACGACGACGAAGAUGACAGCGACGCCGAGACGCGGGCGCUCAACGUCGUCACGAACGGCGGGUGGGCGCGGAGCGGCGUCAGCGGCCUGCUGAGGAAGCCGUCGUCGUCGUCGUCGUCGACAGGGGCGAGGAACGGCAGCGCCAAGGCCAGCGCGACCCCCCUGCUGCGGUCCUCGCGAAAUGACGACGACGAUGAGGUCGACUGAGGCUAAGGGCUGAAGCGGUAGAACGACCCGGCAGGCAGGCAGGUAGGUAAAGAGGGAGCUCGGGCCCGGAAUUGUAUAAACAAAAAGGAGUCGAGGGGGGUUCGAUUAGGCAUAUUGGCCUCAAGUACCUCCCCUUCCCCUGUCACGGCUACAGACGGGGACAACUUGUAUGAUGGUACGCCGCGGACAUCGCGUCGCCCACACGCGCACGCGCACUAGCAUGGCUUGGGCGUUUGCUUCCUCCCCACAUCUCAUUCUGGCAGUACAUAUAUAAUACGUGCGUUUGGACGCAGGCACAGCUGGUUUUUUUUUUUUUUGCUUUGGGGCCAUUGAAUACGGGGGAGAAGUUGGCAGAGCAGCUGGGGUGGAAGAGAAGAAGAGGGGGAGGAGGUGUAGGGAGUAAAACGGGGAAGCGGGUUCGCUCUGUACGGUGGAAUACGGAUCCCGGAGGGCAUGGGGCUAGGAUAGGCAGGUAGCGCUCGCCGCAAUGAAUGACGUUUAACGCCAG